CACACAAAUAUAUAUUUUUUUCCCCAAAGUCAAGUAAAGAUGAACAGCUUUGCUUGUUUUGGCCAGAAAUUGCACCACCUUUGCACUUGUUCAUUUCUCAAACUAGCAUUUCUUAGCCAAUCCAUGGGAUUUCUACUUCUAUGCUAUUAUCGAUUUCUUCUUCUUAGAGCUAAGCCAUUCUGGGUGGAACUAGUUUAUUUUGUCACCCUUUCCUUUUUGGGUUAUUGGGUUCUCAAGGUAUUGCCAGUUAGAACCACCGACUCUUUUACCCCUAGGAACUUAGAUUUGUUCUUCACCUCAGUUUCUGCCACAACUGUUUCGAGCAUGUCCACAGUUGAAAUGGAGGUCUUCUCCAAUGGCCAGCUCAUCUUAAUGACCAUCCUAAUGUUCAUAGGUGGGGAGGUCUUCACCUCCAUGGUUGGACUUCAUUUCAAGAAGUUCAAGCUCAUGAUGAUGAUGAGCACAAAAGAGAAGAUUACUUCAGUUAACAGCGAUGUUAGCUCUUCAUCAAGUCCCGCAAAGGCGAUUGAUGAGAAUAUUGAAUUGGGCUUGGCAAUCAAGCCCGAAUUUCCUCAUGAGCAAAUUGAUAUAAUUGCAGCAGUAGAUGAUCAAUCCUUGACACUUCAGAAUUCCAUUAACCUUUUGGGUUACGUUGUUUUAGCUUAUCUUCUAGUGGUUCAUUUCCUUGGGGUGGCUAUGGUUUUGGUUUAUCUAGCAUUUACUUCAAGUGCAAGAAACAUAGUAAAGAACAAGGGGAUAAAUGUUCAUACAUUCUCAUUUUUCACCACAGUUUCAACUUUCUCAAGUUGUGGUUUUGUUCCCACCAAUGAAAACAUGAUUGUCUUUAGCAAAAACUCCGGUCUCCUUUUAAUACUCAUUCCUCAAGUCCUUCUUGGGAACACAUUGUAUCCAUCUUGCUUGAGAUUUUCAAUUUGGCUUUUGGGAAAAAAUUUCAAAAAGCAAAGAGAUUCUUGCAAUUACCUGUUGAAGAACACAAAGGAGGUUGGAUACCUACACUUGCUUCCUAGUCUGCACUCAUCACUCUUGGUCGUUACAGUUUUUGGGUUCAUCCUGGUACAACUUCUACCUUUUGCCUCCAUGGAGUGGAGUUCAGAAAGCUUAAGUGGACUUAAUUCUUACCAGAAAAUCAUUGGAUCUUUGUUCCAAACCGUCAAUUCAAGACAUACCGGUGAAACCAUCGUCGACCUCUCCAUCAUUUCUCCCGCAAUCUUGGUAUUAUUUAUCGUGAUGAUGUAUCUUCCUCCUUACACUUCGUUUCUCCCCGCUAUAGAAAAUGAUCGAUAUGAUCUACAAUCUCAUGAUCAGAGGAAGAAAAAGAGAAGAGGAAAGCUCAUGGAUAAUCUCAUAUUCUCACAGCUCUCCUAUUUGACCAUAUUUAUCAUUUUAGUCUGCAUAACGGAGAGGAAAAGCUUGAAAGAAGAUCCUCUCAAUUUCAAUGUACUCAAUAUCGUGCUUGAAGUCAUCAGUGCUUAUGGAAAUGUAGGGUUUACGACCGGCUAUAGUUGUAAACGCCAGCUCAACCCUAACGGCGAUUGUCAGGAUAGAUUGUAUGGAUUUUCAGGAAGAUGGAGUGACGAGGGGAAAAUAGUUCUUAUAGCUGUCAUGUUCUUCGGAAGACUCAAGAAAUUCAACAUGGAUGGAGGUAAAGGAUGGAAGCUCCUCUAACUAAGGACCAUAACGAUCGAGAGGAUAAGACAGAGAGAAAAUUUACAGAUGGUUAAAAUGUAUCCAAGUUUUCUUUUUCUUGCUUUUGGUGGGUAAUGUACAGAUAUGUUCAUUCCCCCCAAGAAAAUUACAAGCUAGCUAAUUUUACUCACAAGCCAAACCAUAUGCUCGAACAGUUUAGGUAUAAUUCAGCGUAAUACGCAUGUGAGACAUUAAAUUCUUAG